UAUCAGAGCAAAGCUUUUGAUCUACAGGUGUGUGGGUUAUGUCAAAAUCAAGAUGAAUUUUAAAGUUCACAUCACUGUGCUCUUUUUUUGCUUCUCUGCUUUUGCCAAGGAAGGCACAGGAAGAUAUAAAGGACUAAAUAGAACUGGACAAUUACCAAGCUACCCGGUUUGUGUUCAUUAUAUCCUCAAACCAAUGUGUAUUUUGUAUUAUCGCCCUGUCUGUGGCAGUGACGGGACAACCUACCGGAACAAGUGCGAGCUCUGCAGUUACUGCAGAGAACAUGACAAGAAUAUAAAGAUUGUAAAGGAAGGAGCAUGUUAAAGAUUGAGGAUAUCACCAUCUGUCUUGUCUUGCACGCCCUGGAAUCCUUAAGGCUUAUUAAUAUGUAAUUCUGCAGUGGUGCCAAGGGGCUGACUAGAUUUCCUCUUGAGGUUCCUACAUUCUCAUGACUAUG